AUGUCUACUGACAGCCUUAAUAACAGCAACGAAGUCGUCGCGACGGAUGAUGAUGCGUCGGACCUUGAUGAUUUGGAGUCCAGUGUAGACGAACGUACGUUAGUCGUCCUGCAGUUUUUAGCGAAUUUUCCAGCAGAAACGAUCGCUUGGUUUGUUGAAAAGUUGACGGACCCCAUUGCGAAAGGUGGAGCCGAGUUGGAUGUCAGAUUCAUCAAGGAUAACAAGAAACAGCGUCAAAUUUAUGCAGUGGGGGCCAGUGUUAAACGUCUGCUAGAAGGUGCAGAAAGGAUGGGCUUGAAGAAACGUUUUCAGGAUGAUACAAUGAGAGAUUUUAUAUUGUGCAACAUUCACUUGUACCAAGGAUCCAAUGAUUUGGACAAGUUUUUAUCCACAAGAGAAAAACAGCAAAUAAUAAUGCAUGAAAUUGAGUCAGUCAGGUUCAAAAUGCCGGAGGGGUCCAGUGAAAUUAGUGUAAAAGGUUUUCUGCCUGGUUUGCCCAAACUUUUUAAAGAUCAAGUUAUAUUUUCAGCAUGCAGGGCCAAAAAUCUCUUGACCUACUUCCCAUUGCACGACAAGAGGGAUUUAAGGAAACUAAUAAGAAAUUGGGUCAGGUCAUUUUGGAGUUUUCAACCUUUAGAUGACAUCCACGAUUACUUCGGUGACAGCAUCACCAUUUAUUUCGCCUUCCUUGGUUUCUACACUACUUUCCUCCUUCCCCCAGCUAUACUCGGAGUCUUCUUCUAUUUACUAUCUUUUUUCAUUUCGUACAAUAUUAUUGGAUUUUUCUGCAUCUUCAACAUCAUUUGGUCUUCCAUAUUUUUAGUCCUUUGGAAAAGAGAGAGUUCUAAACUGGCUUAUAAGUGGGGCUCGAUAAAUCACUCGAGGUUCGAUGAGCCACGGCCUGAGCUAUGGAGCGAAGAAAUUUGCACCAAUCCCGUCACUGGAAAGUUCGAACCUUUUUGCGAUUACAAGUCCAAAUACGUCAAGUUCUACACAAUCUCCCUGCCGAUCAUUAUCGUCUGCCUAAUCGUCUCCCUUUUUGUCGGAAUCACCUACUUCUGGGUAGAAGACUCCAUUCGAAAUUGGGCAUUCAGUGACCUAAAUAAAGUUGACCUACAUUCAGGGGAUUACCAAUCUAUGACCUUGCCGUGGGACGCGUAUGUAAUCUCGGUUAUGGUCACCAUCGUUUACGGCAUGGCUAUAUACGGUCUCGAUAUAGGCUAUAGGUACCUGGCUGUCAGGCUUAAUAAUUAUGAAAAUCACAGACUUCAAAGUUCUUAUGAAAAUUUUCUCAUUGCUAAACUUGUCGUCUUUAAUUUCGUCAACUACUUCUGCAACCUCUUCUACAUUGCUUUCGUCCUGAGAGAUUACAACCUUCUCCAAAAGAAUUUGGCUACACUCCUCAUAACAUGGCAAAUCAUACAGCAAGCUCAAGAGACCGUCGUACCGUAUUUCACCUACAAGUACAAGAAGUACAGGGUGCUGGGUAAGUUCUCCAGUGGCAGUCAUAUUAAUCUGUGUAAGAAGGACAAUGAUGAAACAAUUAACAAGAGCGGUGGGGCCGCAAAUGAUGAUGAUGAUGACCUGAAAAUUGCUGAGAAUAAAUAUCAGAUUGAAAAGGAUGCCACAAAAAUUGAUUAUCCGUUCGGCUACGUCUUCUUGUUCAGCGCCUGCUACCCGACGUCUGCACUCUGGGCCUUCCUCAACAACCUCACCGAGAUUAGAACUGACGCUUUCAAGCUGGUCCUCAUCCACAAGAGGCCCUUCUCCAGACAGGCUGAUGGAAUAGGAUCGUGGCUGUUAGCUUUUGAGCUGAUGGGUAUAGUGGCUGUGAUAACGAACUGCACGCUGGUAGCCAUAAACGAUGAUGUUCUGCAUUAUUUCUACUCGGUCGGUUAUUCGGAUGUCGGUAUAUUCGUCUUAUUCGUCAUGAUUGAGCAUCUCCUACUUUUCGUCAAAGCGACAAUCAGUCUCUUGGUGCCAGCCCUUCCAGAAGAUAUUAAGACCAACCUCGCUAGGAUCGAUUACGAAGCCCAACUAGCAUGGACAGAUAAGACAAAGAAACUUCUCGGCGAUCUCGACCCAACUAUGAAAAAGAAUCAGUGAUCAUCCGUACGAUGGUGACGACGACGACGAAGAUGAUAAUACAAUUGUGAUGAUGUUGAUAAUGAUCAACGAUUAAUUAUGGUGUUUUUACAGUUGUUUUCUGUAUUUAUUUUCUCAAUUCACUUUUUCAUUCAUUCAUUCAUCUAUCCAUCAAUUCAUCCAUUCAUUCAUCUAUCUAUCCAUUCAUUUAAUAAACUAUUUUUUCACAUAUAUUUGACUUAUUCGUUAUCGGUGUAAUAUAUUAUGUACUUCUUCAACUGAGUGUAUAUAUAUAUAUAUAUAUAUAUAUAUAUAUGAUAUA